AUGUAUGUGCGCACAUGCUCGUCUUCAUCUUCGCCAUCUUCCUCUGCAAUUUUAAGAGCUGCUAGGGUUCGUUUUGCAUCUACAUCCACGAUUUCGUUCUCUUCUCCUGUUUCUAGAAGCUUUGCCGCUGGUUCUGGUUCUGGCUCAUCGCUUGCCGCUGCGAAGCCCCCGUCGUUUUUCAGUUGUCGAUCUUUGUAUUACUCCUCCGCCGCUCGAUCGCUUCGCUGCUCUGUUCCUCGCUGGAGUCACGGCGUUGACUGGAGAUCGCCGGUUAGUCUUAAAGCUCGGAUCAGAAGCUCUGCUCCUGUCAUCGAACGAUUCGAACGGAAAAUAGCUACAAUGGCUCCUGAAAAACCUUUCAGAGAAAUAUUGACUACACUUUCAAGACCUGGAGGUGGUGAGUUUGGGAAAUACUACAGUCUUACUGCUCUGAAUGAUCCUAGGAUUGAUAAGCUCCCAUAUUCUAUAAAGAUUCUCCUGGAAUCUGCCAUACGUAAUUGUGACAAUUUCCAAGUUAAUGAGAAGGAUGUAGAGAAAAUCAUUGAUUGGGAAAACACUUCUCCGAAGCAAGUUGAAAUUCCUUUCAAGCCUGCUCGUGUUCUGUUGCAGGAUUUUACUGGCGUUCCAGCUGUGGUGGAUCUUGCUUCCAUGAGAGAUGCAAUAAAAGAUCUUGGUGGUGAUCCCGACAGGAUUAAUCCCUUGGUACCUGUGGAUCUUGUAAUUGAUCAUUCGGUUCAGGUUGAUGUAGCAAGACAGGAGAAUGCUGUCCAAGCAAAUAUGGACCUUGAAUUUCGAAGAAAUAAUGAGAGAUUUGCGUUCCUGAAAUGGGGAUCUACUGCCUUUCGCAACAUGCUAGUUGUUCCCCCUGGUUCUGGUAUUGUUCAUCAGGUAAACUUGGAGUACCUUGGACGAGUUGUUUUCAACACUGAUGGCAUUCUAUAUCCAGAUAGUGUUGUGGGAACUGAUUCCCACACAACUAUGAUUGACGGACUCGGAGUUGCUGGAUGGGGAGUUGGAGGUAUAGAAGCCGAGGCUGCUAUGUUGGGCCAGCCAAUGAGCAUGGUUUUACCUGGUGUGGUUGGGUUUAAAUUGUCCGGAAAGCUGCCCAAUGGGGUCACUGCCACAGAUUUGGUUUUAACAGUGACACAAAUGUUGAGAAAGCAUGGUGUUGUUGGCAAGUUUGUCGAGUUCUAUGGUCCUGGCAUGGCUGAAUUAUCAUUGGCUGAUAGGGCAACCAUUGCUAACAUGUCACCUGAGUAUGGAGCGACCAUGGGUUUCUUCCCUGUGGAUCAUGUCACCCUACAAUACCUUAAAUUAACUGGAAGAAGUGAUGAUACUGUUGCCAUGAUUGAAGGAUAUCUGCGCGCAAACAAGAUGUUUGUUGACUACAACGAGCCGCAAACAGAGAGGGUAUAUUCAUCUUAUCUGGAGCUGAACCUUGCUGAUGUUGAACCUUGUGUUUCAGGACCAAAAAGGCCACAUGAUCGAGUCCCUUUGAAAGUAAUGAAGGAUGACUGGCACUCAUGCCUCGAUCACAGUGUUGGAUUUAAGGGAUUUGGAAUACCAAAAGAAGAGCAGAGUAAAGUUGUGAAGUUCUCUUUCAAUGGUCAGCCUGCUGAGCUCAAGCAUGGAAGUGUUGUUAUAGCUGCUAUCACGAGCUGUACAAACACGUCCAACCCAAGUGUUAUGCUUGGAGCUGGUCUUGUUGCAAAGAAGGCAUCUGAAUUGGGCUUGGAGGUUAAACCUUGGAUAAAAACUAGUCUUGCCCCUGGUUCAGGAGUGGUCACCCAAUAUCUGAAGCAGAGUGGCCUGCAAAAAUAUUUGAAUCAGCAAGGCUUCCAUAUUGUUGGCUACGGGUGCACGACUUGUAUUGGUAAUUCUGGGGAUCUACAUGAAUCCGUGGCUUCGGCUAUCUCAGAAAAUGAUCUUGUAGCUGCAGCUGUGCUGUCUGGUAAUCGAAAUUUUGAAGGUCGGGUUCAUCCUCUGACAAGAGCUAAUUACCUUGCUUCACCUCCAUUGGUUGUUGCCUACGCACUUGCUGGCACGGUCGACAUCGACUUUGAAAAGGAGCCAAUUGGAACUGGAAAAGAUGGGCAAAGUGUUUACUUUAAAGACAUCUGGCCUACUAGUGAAGAAAUUGCUGAGGUGGUGCAGUCUAGUGUGCUCCCUGAAAUGUUCAAAAGCACCUAUCAAGCUAUUACUCAAGGCAACCCAUUCUGGAAUCAAUUGUCAGUACCUUCAUCAAAUCUAUAUGCAUGGGAUCCGAACUCAACCUAUAUCCAUCAACCUCCGUACUUCAAGAAUAUGGCCAUGGAUCCACCAGGUCCACAUGGAGUGAAGGAUGCAUAUUGCUUACUAAACUUUGGUGACAGUAUCACCACUGACCAUAUAUCUCCAGCUGGAAGCAUCCACAAAGAUAGCCCGGCUGCAAAGUACUUGAUGGAGCGAGGGGUCGACCGCAAAGACUUUAAUUCUUAUGGUAGCCGUCGUGGCAACGAUGAAAUCAUGACACGUGGCACCUUCGCCAAUAUUCGACUUUUCAACAAGUUCAUUGGCAAGCAGGCCCCACUGACUAUUCACAUCCCAACUGGGGAAACACUUUCUGUUUAUGAUGCAGCAAUGAGAUACAAGAGUGCUGGUCAGGACACCAUUAUUCUUGCUGGCGCAGAAUAUGGAAGCGGCAGUUCUCGCGAUUGGGCUGCUAAAGGCCCCAUGCUACAGGGAGUAAAAGCAGUGAUUGCCAAGAGCUUUGAGAGAAUCCAUCGUAGUAACCUUGUAGGAAUGGGCAUUAUUCCACUCUGUUUCAAAUCUGGCGAGGAUGCAGACUCGUUGGGCUUAACAGGUUACGAACGAUACACCAUAGACCUCCCAGAUAAAGUCAGUGACAUAAGGCCCGGACAAGACAUAACAGUAACCACUGACAAAGGGAAGUCUUUCACAUGUACACUCCGUUUUGAUACACAGGUGGAAUUGACAUAUUUUGAGCACGGUGGAAUUCUUCAAUAUGUUAUCCGGAACUUGAGCAAAUAG